UGGUGGGCGUGCGCUGCAAAAUGAUCGAUGACAACGCGCAUGACCUGGACUUUUAACAUAAUUUAAAAUAUAAACAUUGCAGCCUGUAAAACUGCGCCGCUGCAUCGAUUAUUUUAACGACUUUCAUUAAUCUGAACGUCAACCCAGGGACGACUCUUUUGGCAGGGUGAAAGUGAGACGAAUGCGCAUGACCUGCGGGUUGCGAGGGGAAGAAGCGGGCGGCUGGGCAGACAAGGGUGCGGCCAGACUUAUUAGUGACUCAGCUGGAGACGCACCCAAACAAGCAGGCAGCCAGGCCAUUAGGCGACCCGGCCGAGUGAGCACCCACCCGCACACUCGAGAUGCACACCUCGCCCUGAGCCCGGCCGCCUCUGCCUGCACUCGUUGACCAGCUGCCCAGCAGGACAGUAGGUGGAAUGCGCCUGCGGGUGCUAGACGGCCGGUGGCUGUCCCUGCUGGUGCUGCUGGCCGGACAGGUGGUCUUCACCGUGUACUACGUGGUAGUGGUGGCACCCCUGAAGCCGCCCCUUGCCCCCCGGCCCCUCGCCCCCGGCGUCAAUUUCGUGGAGACACCACCCACGAACGUGUCCGCUGGCCACCGACCGCUCUCCCCACCGAUCCCGCUCAGCCUCUUUCAGCUUGACCGCAGAAAGUUCUUCCUCGGGCUCAAUUCAAGCGACUGCUUCCUGCCGGGCACUGAACUCAACUUCUCCAAGCGCAUUGGCAGGUGCCAGUGCCAGCAGGGGUGGCAUGGCCAAGACUGCGGCCUUCCAGAGGUCAUUCUCAGAGCUUUCAUGACAGCCAAGUACACUGAGCCACCUAAACUGCGCCGCCAACCACGCCGGGUGAUCUGCAUAGUUAAGUGGAGUUCAGACACCCUGACAGAAAUCCUCCUGUCCGAACUGGAGGUUGUGGUCGACCUGUUUAUCUUAGACAGAAAGCCCGACGCCAAAAUCAACAAGGAGAAGGUGCUUGUUCUAAAAAGUACAGAUUGGGCUUUCAUAAAAACACAACUAGCAGACCUCAGGUACGAUGACCUCGUCCUGAGCGUCGCUGACAGUGAGAUUCCAAAUCCUAAAGCGUUGCUGUUCCUCAAAUUUUACAAUGGUUGGCCUUACGAGCCAAUCACAUUCCGCAUGAGGUGGUCCGUGUUUGGCUUUUUCUGGCUUCACCCCCAGUUGACCGUGUUGGCGGGUAGGGUCUGCUCUGUUGGAACGUUAGCCAGGAACUUCAAGGACAACCUAAAGUUGAUGAGGGCCAGUAAUGAAGUGCUUGUUGUGGGUGAUCUGAACCAUUUUGGAGGAUGGAAGUGCCAGUUGUGCAUGGACAGCGCCGAGGACAUUUUGCGAGAAGCUCAAGCUAGCAAGGACAAGUCGUGGAACCUAGAUGGGCGGCGCUUGGACGCGGAAUACGUGUCUGACUUGGUCGGCCAGGGCUUGUGGAUGGACGGCAAGAUGCAACUGCUCCGGGCGAGCCCAUCGAGGGAACAGGACUACUUUGCUCCAGCCACUGUGCGAAAUGGUAACUUCGGCCAUCUCUUGCACAAUUUUUAUGAGAUGAACACCUACUGAUUUUUGUGUAAUCUAGGUAACUUUUUUCUUAAUUCAAACUGUCAAUUUAUAUUUUCCUUAAUUGUUGUUUAUUCUCACAUUUUGAGACUUUCAUCAAAAUGAAUUUUACUUAAUUCGUCAAGUAAGUAUACUUGACUCGCUUAAUGUAACCUUUUUAAGAAAGAGUACAGAAAGGAAAUUUCAUCUGGUCUGUGAUACAAUGAGUAUAUAUCUGUAGCUUAAUAAUUAACUGAACGCAGAUUUGAAAAUCGAAACAAUCAGAGGACAGGCCCAAAAAUAGGGCAAAGCCUGCCAAGUGCUUGCCAGGGUUGUAAUAGAUUCACACUCGAUGCGACCAACGAAACUUUGUGAUGGACUGAGUCUGGUUUUCUGUAGAGAGUGAGAAAUGUUUGUUCCAGAAUUGAAACCUAGAAAAUAAACUGGGCAGCGCACAAAAUCAAGGACUGACUGUCAGAGCUGAAUAUUUGUAGAGUAAUAAAAACAACACACGUGACAAAAUGAUAAUGCAAGCGAAAUAGUUAAAUCAAGUGUGAGUUGUAAUUAAACCCACUGGAGUAAUUGAAAGAA